CAGACAUUUCCAUCUCACCCCCAACUUCCAUGGCGCAAUGGAGGAAAUUGGGCCUCUGUCUUCUGAAGAGCCGCGGAUCUAUGUAGGUCACAUGACCCGUAAACACUAAGAAGAGUGCUUGGCAGCAAGAAAUCUCUGUCUUCCAUCGAUGUCAACAAAGACUAUUUUUUUUUGGAACAACAAAGUCAGACGCGGUUGAAAGGACACUAACUUACUUGCUGAUGCUGGCGCUCUAGUGGAUUAAUAAAUUGGUCGUCUUCCGCCAUUUCUUCCGUUCUCCGUGCAGAACCCCCAUAAACCAAUUCCAACUACACUAUCUAAAUUGGUGUCUGACCAAGGAAAACCACAACUAUCACUCCAACUACAGAAUUUACAAACCCUCGAGUAUCAUGCAGAGUUCCACCGAUGGCACCCAGCCAUACGCCUCCAUGGCAGGGAAACUGGACUCAAGACUUCUCAAAGCCCUUGAUGUCAUGGGAUUCGAGUCCAUGACGCCUGUCCAACAGCGUAUUCUAACCGAGCUCCCGGACUGGCGCAGCGACUGCCUUGUACAGGCGAAAACGGGGACUGGCAAAACCGUUGCCUUUCUGCUACCCACGUUGCACUCUUUGCUACAGGGGCGUUCAGCAGCACCGCAUGGCCAGGUCGCCAUUUUGAUUAUCACUCCAACGAGAGAGCUCGCUCAGCAAAUUGCAAAAUCAUGCGAUCAGCUUACCUCCCAGCUUUCGAAGCCUCUUGAGUGCCAUAUCGCAGUUGGUGGCACGGCUCGUGCAUCUGCUCAUUCGCGCUUCAUGAAAGGGGCGCCGUCGAUACUGGUCGCAACACCGGGACGACUGAAGGACUACCUAUCCGAUUUUAGUACCGCUCAGAAAUUGUGCAAUAUCCAGACCCUGGUGUUGGAUGAAGCUGACAGGAUGCUCGAGACGGGCUUUCUAGCUGACGUGAAGGAAAUUCUGAAGCUUAUCCCACCCAAGAGCGCUGGCUGGCAAGGUAUGUGCUUCUCAGCCACUGUUCCGCCCAAAGUCAAGGAUGUGGUUAGUGUUGUGUUGAAGCCAGGCUACAGUAACAUCUCAACCAUUGAGCAAAAUGAAGCACCUACGCAUGAGCGGGUGCCCCAGUACCAUGUGGUCAUACCCUCUGUGGUAGACACAUUUACUACACUCACUUCGCUUCUUAAUCUUGAAAUCAAGAACAGCUCCAAGAUCAUUGUCUUUGGCGUUACUGCCAACAUGGUAGCCCUUUUUGCCAACGCAUUUUCCAAGGGAUUGACUCCUUUGAAGGUGUUUGAGAUUCACUCCAGACUCAACCAGACUGCUCGCACAAGAACGACAACCCAGUUCAAAGCAGCAGAUUCAGGAAUCCUCUUCGCUUCUGAUGUUAUCGGCCGCGGAAUGGACUUUCCUAAUGUCGACCUAGUCAUCCAGGUCGGCUUGCCGUCAAACGCCGAACAAUACGUACAUCGUGUUGGCCGUACAGGCCGUGCAGGAAACGAGGGCCGUGCAGUCAUCCUUCUCACAGAAUCCGAAUCCUUUUUCAUGAAGAACAACCGCCACUUACCCAUAAACCCCCACCCCGAGACCGAAGCGAUCAAUGCAGGUGCCUCUUCAUGCACUGAGGCUGUAAUAAAAGCCAUGUACAGCAUUGAGGAAGUCACCAAGCAACGCGCUUACUCUUCUUAUAUUGGCUUUUUCGCUGGAUCAGGUCUAAUGAAGCAGCUACGCCUUGACAAGCCCGGCCUUGUGCAGCUCGCAAAUAAUCUGGCGAUGAAGGGCAUGGGAUGCCCUCAGCCUCCACCUAUGGACAAAAAGGUCAUUGGAAAGAUGGGCCUGAAAGGUGUCCCUGGUUUCAACUACGCGAGCGGGGAGAGUUUGCGUCCUGCUAAACCGCGCGGUCCUCCCAGGCCCAAGCCUCGUGAUGACAGCCCCCAGAAGGGCAAACCGCGCACUGCUUUGAGCCCUUCAGCUGGUCGGGGAGGCAAUAACGACAGGGUCGAGAAGAACAGCGGAUCGCGUGGGCGGCCUGGGCGUGGUGGACGCGGCGGACGCGGCGGACGUGGAGGACAGCGAGGAUAAGAUUGGAUUGACAUUCAGGAGAGGCCGAAACACCGUUAACAUUUCUUGUGGUUAGAUCUUUUUUUAUUUAUUUUUUUUGUUCCUUUCAUCAUACAGCAAAUUCUAUAUAGAUACAUAGAUAGACAUGGUUGCUACACACACAUUUUAAUAUGCGCC